CCUAAGCCUGUACUCGCUGCCCAGGGAGCUAGGGCACCUCCCCAAACAUAAACAUAAAUUUGAAGGACUUGGAGAUUUAACAGAGUUGGUUUAUUCUUUGUCCCUAUUCUCUCUCUUCUUUCCAGUCUGCCUUUUCUCUUUUACCACAUCCUCUGUAGAACGCUGGUGUCUAUAACAGAUUCCAUUCCAUGGCCAGUUACUCUGCGGAGUCAGGGCUUUUGCCCUGUGAAUCCUGUGAUAUGGUUUUCCGUUCCUGGGCUUUGUUGGCCACACACACCAAACGAUUCUGCAUUGGCCGGCUGACUCCGGAAGUAACACAGCCUUCAGUAACCAUCGAACGACGGGGCACCAAGAUUAUGGCACAAGAACAGAGCCGAUCAGGUCAGGAGGCCAGCACAUCUGCUCUAAAGAGGCUGACAGAGGAGGUGCAGUUGCUGAGACUGUCUCUACAGAAAAAAGUAAGUCCCUGGGAGACUGAGAGUCUCACUUCCCAGACUGCAGGGAGCCCUGGGGAGAGGCUGCGAGCCUUGCAGGGAACCCGCGUCAGACGCCUGGCGGAGACGGAAGCGCAAAGCCGGGCCCUGGAGCUUCGCGGUGAAGAACUAAAACGGCGCCUCCGCAGCGUAGCGGGACCCAAGGGAGGGUUACCCGGCUCAUUCGUCUUGGAGCGAGAGCUCAGAGAACUCAGGGAAGAGGCCAGCCGGACACGGGGAGCGCUGCAAACGCUGGGAGCGCGUGUCGAGGCGCUCCAGCCUCAGCCUCCCAACCAGCAGGACCUCCAUAGGGUAGUGGAUUUCUGUUGCCUGCCGCUACGGUCCAACCCGGAAGUGCUGGCUGCAGAGAUCCGUGUCCUGCGUGAAGCCUACGUGCGCGGUGGAGGCCGGGACCCAGAAGUUCUGGACAAAAUAUUGCAGCUUCAAGUGGAGGCGUCAGCCCUGGAAUUGCGGCGGUCGCAGAACCGCAAGGAAAAAGCAAGUGCCGCCUCUGAGGAGGUUCUUAUGGUGGAAACCGAAAACAGGUUCUUGGAGGCAGAAAUCCUGGCUUUGCAGAAGCAGAAAAUACUGAGUCUGUCGCCCUGGGAACCCAGAGAUCUCUGGCAACAACUGAGUAGAAGGUUCAAUAACUCCCUCCUCCCUCCACCAGUUGCACCCACAAUGCCACAACUUACAAGUUCCUCAAAAGUCCAGAACUUCCAUGACACUUCAAAGGCUAUACUUAAUGGAGCCAUGACAAACUUGGGUCUAGAUCUCCACUUCCUCCUACCAGCAUCGGAUGUUCUAGGUCCUGCACCUUAUGAUCCUGGGGCUGGCCUUGUCAUUUUCUAUGACUUCCUGUGGGGCCUUGAGGCUUCUUGGAUUUGGGUGCAGCUUACGACAAAUGUGGCCCAAGAGGGACAGAAUACUGGAGGGACCACAGCAUUACCUCCAGCCCUUUGCUUGCCACCACCUUCAGCUGCUGGACCUAUGGGCAACUAUGCUAUCCUCGCAAGCAGGCAGCCUGUGCCUAGGCUGCCUCCAUCACCACUAGUAUCUUUGAUCUGUGAACUACAGGCUUGGCAGGGAGUUACAUGGGCACCACAACCAAAGGCUUGGACCUCAAUAUUGCUAUUUGACCAAGAUCUAAGGGUGCUCAGUGGCCGUUGGCGCCUCCCACUUCGGGUCCCUCCACUUAACACCAGCCUCAGCCUUGCACAGAUGAAUGAGAUUCCCCAGGCAGGCCAGGCUGAGCUCUUUCUGAGGCUGGUAAAUGCAAGAGAUACAGAUGACCAGACAUUGGCAGAGAUCAAUCCAGCAAGUGCACAUGAAUACCAGUACCCACCAAUGGUGUCCAGUUCAUCUUCCGUGGAAUCGAGUUUCUUCACCCAAAGUUCUGGCUUUGCUGACCCCCGACCUCCCACAGAAGAGGUUUUUGUCAGUGUCAAAGAUAAAGAUAAGCGCUUGAGUCCUCACCAGUUUUGACAGAAACACCAAUUUCUAGACCUGCAGCUUUUUAAAUGGGGUCUUGUAGAAGUGGCAAUUUGAUCCUUAAAUACUGUGUGAUGAAAAAGAACACUUAGCCUAAACCCGCUAAAGCCAACUAGAUUUUCUUCUGCAUUUAUUUUCCUUUAAUAAAGCAGAUCCAGGGGUAAAUAUUUAAAUAAAUGCUAGGCCGUUUAAAUAAAUAUUUAAAUAUUUAAAA